GUGAACACAGUAGCCAAGACGCAUCAUGCAAAAGGAGAUUAUUCUAUGCAUAUUUCUGACUUUGAUAUUUUUGAACAUACAUACUGUGAAUUCAAGAUAUAGACGAAGUUCAAAAACAUGGCAGCGUAGACAUAGAGGUUUUUAUCCAGCUGCACAAUCAGGCUAUCCUAGCAGCCGUAGUCAAAACAGACAUAAAACUUAUCAUCCUGUCUAUCAAGCCUUACAAGUUAAUAAAGGGUAUACAAGACAAUUUCCAAGAUAUUUUUCUCCAGAAAAUUCCAAGACUACAACAGGUUCUAGCAGAUAUGGCAAUGGUUAUAGAAGCAACAGUGGUUCUGGAACGUAUGUUAAAUCUAAGACUUAUAGCAAAUCUAGGAACUAUAGAAAAUCUAGACACUAUAGCAGAUCAAGGAACUAUAGAACAUCUAGGACUUAUAGAAAAUAUGGGACUUAUAGGAAAUUUGGAAACUAUGUGAAAUCUGGAAGUUAUGUAAAUUCUGGAAAUUAUGUAAAUUCUGGAAGUUAUGUGAAGUCUGAAAAUAUUGUGCAGUCUAGUGGGGCUAGUGAUAAUGGAGUGGUACCAACUGUGUCUACAUCAGCAACACACCAGUUUACUUACGGAACAACUGCAACACUUUCCUGUAUGGUACUUGCUAGCCCUGCAGCAACAUCAGUUUCCUGGUCAAAAUACAAUAGUCAGAAUCAGUUAGUGGCUAUCGAUAUGUCUACGAAUAGCAACCAGAAAUUUCAAGGAUCGACUGUAGGAAGCCCAUCAUUGAUCAUAUCAAACACGGUUUCUGGUGAUGCAGGAAGAUAUGUAUGCUCUGCUACGAAUGCUGCAGGUACGGGUAGUUCUGGCACUACAACAUUAACGAUCACUGGAGAGGUCCCAGCAGUGUCUACUCUAGCAACACAUCAGUUUACUUACGGGACAACUGCUACACUUUCCUGUACAGUAAACGCUAACCCUGUGGCAACAUCAGUUUCCUGGUCAAAAUACAAUAGUCAGAAUCAGUUAGUGGCUAUCGAUCUGUCUACGAAUAGCAACCAGAAAUAUCAAGGAUCGACUGUAGGAAGCCCAUCAUUGAUCAUAUCGAACACGGUUUCUGGUGACGCAGGAAGAUAUGUUUGCUCUGCUACGAAUGCUGUAGGUACUAGUAGUUCUGGCACUACAUUAGAGAUCGCUGGAGGUAUUCCAGAAGUUGUAAUUCCACUUAAUCAGUACUCCGUAGACUAUGGUAGUUCAGCAACUAUACCAUGUACUGUCACAGCCAAUCCAACUUAUACCAAUGUUCAGUGGAAAAUAAUCGUAAACGGACAGGAACAAAAUGUUGAUAUUCAAAAUGCUAAAUAUUCUGGUGGUACUGUAAAUUCACCAUCUCUAGUUAUUGCAAAUGCUCAACACGGAGAUGAAACAUUUUACAUUUGUACUGCAUCCAACAUAGUUGGAGAAGGGAGGAGUAAUCAGACCUUUUUGGAGGUUGGAGAAAAAGUUUGUAGAUUAUACUGUUCCAAUGGAGGUACCCUAAAUUCAUUAGGAGCUUGUGUUUGUGUAGGGGGCUGGACAGGGACAAAUUGUGAUGUUUCUCCGUGUCAAAGGCAUAACUGUGGAGGUGAAGUGUGCAGUGUUACAGAUGCUGGACAAGUCUCUUGUGGAUGCUGUAAUGCUGAUCCAUGUGGUUUGAUGAAUUGUAAUAAUGGAACCUGCAAAGUUGACCCAACAACUAAACAAGCAUACUGUGAAUGUAUUGGUAACUUCAUUGGAAGAAACUGUGAAAUCUCUCCAUGUGAUAAUCCUGCAUCUAGUUGUUUCCAUGGUGGUAGUUGUUCGUUACUGGCAGAUGGAAAUAUCACAUGUAGCUGUCCUGAUGGAUUCUCAGGUGAUCGGUGUGAACUCAGUGCAUGUAGAAGUGGAGCUAUUAAUUGUGGACCUGGUACAUGUUAUACAGCUAAUAGGACUGCAUAUUGUGACUGUCCUCCAGGAUUCUUAGGAGAUCGAUGUCAAAAUGAUCCUUGCUCAGGUGUAGAUUGCAGUGGUAAUGGUCAGUGUCAGUUUAACAGUACAACUGGACAGGCUAUGUGUAUGUGUAAUGGACAAUUCAGUGGAAAGUCUUGUGAAAUCUCUCCAUGUGACAACCCUGCCUAUAGGUGUUUCCAUGGUGGUAAUUGUACAUUACUGGCAGAUGGAAAUAUCAAUUGUAGCUGUCCUGAUGGAUUCUCAGGUGAUCGGUGUGAAUUCAGUGCAUGUAGAAGUGGAGCUAUUAAUUGUGGUCCUGGUACAUGUUAUACAGCUAAUAGGACUGGAUAUUGUGACUGUCCUCCAGGAUUCUUAGGUGAUAGGUGUCAAAAUGAUGCAUGCAGUUUGAUAAAUUGUAAUAAUGGAACCUGCAAAUUUGAUCCAACAACUAAACAAGCAUACUGUGAAUGUAUUGGUAACUUCAUAGGAAGAAACUGUGAAAUCUCUCCAUGUGAAAAUCCUGCCUCUAUGUGUAUCCAUGGUGGUAACUGUACAUUACUGCCAGAUGGAAAUAUUACAUGUAGCUGUCCUGAUGGAUACUCAGGUUCUAUGUGUGAACUCAGUGCAUGUAGUACUGGAGAUAUUAAUUGUGGUCCUGGUACAUGUUAUACAAAAAAUGGAAAUGUAUAUUGUGACUGUCCUCCAGGAUUCUUAGGAAAUCGAUGUCAAAAUAAUGCAUGCAGUUUGAUAAAUUGUAAUAAUGGAACCUGCAAAUUUGAUCCAACAACUACACAAGCAUACUGUGAAUGUAUUGGUAACUUCAUAGGAAGAAACUGUGAAAUCUCUCCAUGUGAAAAUCCUGCCUCUAUGUGUAUCCAUGGUGGUAACUGUACAUUACUGCCAGAUGGAAAUAUUACAUGUAGCUGUCCUGAUGGAUACUCAGGUGCUAUGUGUGAACUCAGUGCAUGUAGUACUGGAGAUAUUAAAUGUGGUGUUGGUACAUGUUAUACAAAAAGUGGAAAUGUAUAUUGUGACUGUCCUCCAGGAUUCUUAGGAAAUCGAUGUCAAAAUCAUCCUUGUUCAAGUGUGGAUUGCAGUGGUAAUGGACUGUGUCAGUUUAACAGUAUAACUGGACAGGCUAUGUGUAUGUGUAAUGGACAAUAUAGUGGAAAGUCUUGUGAAAUAUCUCCAUGUAAUAAUCCUGCCUAUAGUUGUUUAAAUAAUGGUGGCUGUCAGGUUGUCAAUGGAUUGGCAAAAUGUAACUGUAUUGGUGGAUUCACAGGUGAUAGAUGUGAACAAUCUCCUUGUACAAAUCAUACUAAUUGUGGUGAAAAUGGUAAAUGCUGUGUUGAUGAUAAUGGUCUUCCUAAAUGUUACUGCAACCCUGGUUAUUUAGGAACUCUUUGUACUAAACAUGUUUGUGAUUUCGUCACAUGUAGUAACCAUGGUAAUUGUACAACAUCUGGUGAUUGUGUAUGUGACAAAAAGUGGUUUGGCAAAGAUUGCAGUAAUGAAGUAAGUCCAUGUGGUAAUGAUACUUGUAAUGGCAAUGGUGCAUGUGAAGUGGUAAAUGGUGCAGCUGUUUGUAAUUGUUUCCAAGGAUGGCUGACAAAUAAUUGUUCAGAACAUGUUUGUGACAAUGCGACAUUCUGUAGUGAAAGAGGAAAUUGUAAUAGGACAACAGGAGAAUGUCAGUGUGAAAUACCAUGGGCUGGUGCAAACUGUGAAGUUUGUAAUGCAUCAAAGGCAGUAGAUGUUGCGUUCAUAUUGGAUAAAACUAAAAGCAUUUCUGCUACACAGUUUCAACAAACAAAACAAGCUAUUGUUGAUACAAUCAACAUUCUCACCAUUGGUAAAGAUGAUAUCAGAGUAGCUAUGGUAACCUUUGAUGUAGAACAGAUGCUACAUUUUCGUUUUGAUGUCUUUGAUAACCGCCAAGAUCUGAUUGCUAACAUAACGACCAUAGAUCAAGCGAUUCAAGGUUCUACAAAAAUCCAUGGAGCAGUGGAUUUCACACGGGAAAAUGUUCUAGCACAUCAAACCAACAGACCAAAUGUUAGAGAUGUUAUCAUUCUGUUAACUGAUGGUCAAUCAAAGGUAGGAGGAAGUCCAGCAACGCGGAAGCAGAAAGAUAUAGAUUCAGCAAGGAGGAUAAAAGAUGAUCUGAAUGCUGUAUUUAUAAGUGUUGGAAUCGGCGGGGAAAUUGAUCGCGAUACUUUGAAACAAAUGGCCUCUUUACCAGAGUACUAUAUCGAAACAGACUUUGAUAAACUAGGGUUAGAUCUAAAGAGAAUAAUAGAUAAGGUCGUCAACUGUAAAGAGGACUAGAGAUCACCUUUAGCUGAAAAAAGAAGAAAACAUUGAGGAUUCUUGCAUGAUAAUAUUUAUUAUGAAAUAAAAUUGUUUCAAAUUUG